AUGGACUGCGCCGCCACCAUGAGGCUGUCCACCACCUGCUUGCUGCUGGCUCUGGUGUCCGCCGCUGUUGGCCAGGACAGCCCUUUCACAGAGAAUGUCAACCUCGAAAACAUCCAGGAGCAGGCCGUCCCCUACGAAUAUAAAACCCACAGUAAGGAGGGCACUCUGGUGUGGGACACUUCCUUCGAUGGCUCCAGGCCGGUUGUGGCCGUGUUCCACGACGCCGAUGGGCCCGACGGCUUUGAGCUGUGGGUCGCCCAGCGACUGGCCAACGAGGGAUACGCGGCGUUCGUGGCCGACCUGUGGGGCGGCGAGAGCGCCAAAAACGACGACACCAGCAUGGAAACGGUGGAGGAGAAGGGCAUGGGCGUCGAGGCCCUCAUCGCCGUGGCCUCGAUCGACGCAGUCAAGGGCCUGAACUCCACCGUCGUCGACCCAGACUCGGUGAUUGUCGUCGGUUACGGGUUUGGCGGCACUGUAGCCCUGGAGCUCGCCCGCUCGGGGUCCGACGUCCCCGCGGUGGCCGCCAUCCAUCCGACCACCCUGGCCCCGGCGGGCCCCGGGGGCGCCUCCUUCGGCGGCCGCGUGCUGGUGGUGGUGGGAGACGGGCAGGAGGGCAUCGCGACCGAUGACGUAAUCAGCUUCCAUGAUGAGCUGCGUGGCCUGGGGGCCGCCUGGGAGGUGACCCGCCUCUCCAAGGUCGCCGAGGGCUUCACCUUGCCGACGUCGGACAACUUUGACGCCGUUGCGGAAAUGCGCGCCUGGCAGUCGCUCUCAGAAUGGCUGCAGCAGGUGGUGGAACCCUCGAGGGUCGACUACUUGGCUGAGCCCUACAACGCCACUGGCGUCGACGACGCCCUCCUGACAUCCACGACCAUCGACUACUCGGAGGGAGACUUCCAGUUGAGGGGAUUCGCCUCUUACUUGACGAGCACGGAGGAAAAGCGGCCGGUGCUGCUCAUAGUCCCUGACGGCAAUGGGAUAGGCCCCUACGAACUGUGGAGGGCCAAACUUGCGGCGAUGGAGGGCUACGUCGGUUUCGUGGCCGACAUCUAUGGCGCCGACAUCGUCCAGGGCGCCAUCCCCAUGGAGGAGCGCGUGCGACUCAUCACGGGGCUCUUCAUGCCAAGGACCAACUUCUUAGGCCGCAUGAGCGCGGCCCUCGCGGCUGUGGCGAGUGAGGAGCUUUCGGCUGUGGCGGAUGCCACCAGGGUGGUCGCCAUUGGGUACUGCUUUGGGGGCUCCGGCGUCAUAGAGCUCAUGCGGGCAGAGCCAGAAGGCCUCCUCGGCAUCGCAAGCUUCCACGGCGGCAUUCUGGACACCAACGGAACCAAGGCCGGGGAGUGCAACAAUGUCGCGACGGCUGUCUACAACGGCGCCGACGACCCUACCGUCUCGAAUGAAGAAAAGGAGGCGUUCAGGGUCGAGAUGAACGCCGCUAAAGUGAACUGGGAGCUCACGGACUACGGAGGCGCGGUGCACCGGUUCACCAAUCCCGAUGCCCCUGCGGGCGACCCCAACAACGCAUACGACCCCACCGCGGAUUUCAGAUCCUGGGAGUCCAUGAAGGCGUUCCUUGCUGCCCUGUUUUCUGACGACAAUCCCUACGUCGCCUGCCCUUGA